AGCGCAACAGCAGCAACAAAAUAACAAUUUGCUCCAUCCACUAUGACACUCAUGCGCAGGAUAACGGCAACGGCUGCGACUGCGGCGAGGACCCUGCUCGAGGAUGGCGGCGCGGGGGCGACAUCACAACCCGUUUACAUGCCACUGCUCCUGGAGGCAACGGCCACGGUAUCAGCAUCGGCACAUGCGAGCUAUUUGAAUUUCGUUGCCGAUGGACUCAUCGAUGUGGACGAAGGUGUUGGCAACGGCGGCAGCCGGUCCGUUCCUUUGGAUGAUGUUGACGCUGGCCAUGUCCAGGACAAUGGCAGCACUGCCGCAGCCGCUGCCGAAACUGGCGGCGCGCAUUUGACAUUUGUCAUCGUCAAGUGUUUCAUUAUUGGUUUCAUCAUACUGGCCGCCAUACUGGGCAACAUGCUGGUGAUUGUGUCCGUUAUGCGCCACCGGAAAUUGCGCAUCAUCACAAACUAUUUUGUGGUUUCACUGGCUGUGGCCGACAUGCUGGUUGCCCUCUGUGCCAUGACUUUUAAUGCUUCCGUCGAGAUAUCUGGCAGAUGGAUGUUCGGAUCACUCAUGUGCGACAUUUGGAACAGUUUCGACGUCUACUUCUCGACAGCCAGCAUUAUGCAUCUAUGUUGCAUUUCGGUGGACAGGUACUAUGCCAUUGUGCAGCCGCUGGACUAUCCGCUUAUAAUGACGCAUCGUCGUGUGUUCAUCAUGCUGCUAAUGGUUUGGCUGUCGCCGGCGCUGCUCUCGUUCCUGCCCAUCUGCUCGGGCUGGUAUACCACUAACGAGAACUGGAAGUAUCUCAAAUCCAAUCCCCAUAUAUGCGAAUUCAAAGUGAACAAAGCCUACGCCAUUGUUAGCUCAUCGAUGAGCUUUUGGAUACCGGGCAUUGUCAUGCUGUCCAUGUACUAUCGCAUUUACCAGGAGGCGGACCGUCAGGAGCGUUUGGUCUACAGAUCCAAAGUGGCCGCCCUGCUGCUGGAGAAGCACCUUCAGAUUAGCCAGAUACCCAAGCCCCGGCCCAGCAUACAGGUGGAGCAGUCAACCAUAACGACAAUGCGGCGCGAGCGGAAAGCAGCCCGCACAUUGGGCAUCAUAAUGAGCGCAUUUCUGCUCUGCUGGCUGCCCUUCUUCUUAUGGUACAUCAUAUUUACGCUCUGCGAUAGCUGCAAAACCCCACGACUUGUUGUUGGCAUUUUGUUCUGGAUUGGUUACUUUAACUCGGCGCUGAAUCCAAUCAUUUAUGCAUAUUUCAAUCGCGAUUUUAGGGCCGCCUUUAAAAAGACGCUCAAGAGCUGCUGUCCCUACGCGUUCAUCAAUUGUCGCGCCAGCUUGCGGGCGGCUGGGCGGGGCAACGGCGCCGGCGGCGGCCAUCGAAGAGACAACGGCACCAGAGACGGUUCCGCCGAGCUGCCGGCCUACAUGAACUCGACGGCCUCAUCGGAGAUACACAUGAAUGUGAUGCGUGCGCGACAGUAUACAGCUGGCACGCCCACACCAACGCCCACAAUGACAGGACAGGAGCAGCAGCAGCAGCUGCAUCCGCUGUACACGAACUAAGCCCUUUCAGCUCUUCUUCUUUGGCUUAUGUGCAGCUGUGUGUGUGUGUGUGUGUGUACAGUUAGAUGCAGCACAACCUAUGCUAGGAAUUCCACAUAUAUGUAUUACCUAUCUAUAGAGCUAUAUAUAUAUAUGCCCAAAACUAUGACCACGCUAAGCAACAGUUAAAUAUGGGUUUAAGCCGAACACGACAAUCCCACAGAAAAAUACUGAAGCCUUCUAAAAAAACCAAAAAAAAAAAUAAAUCAGAUAAUCCGAAACUGAUGUGCAAAAAAAUACACUCGAAAUAUGAAAU